AUGUCUGGACUCGGAAAAGGUACGUAGAAUGUUAAAUUGUUGAUAGUAUUGGUAAGUUUAAGCCGAAAUAUCUCCGCGUCAUGUGCAGCGAGAUGUUUCAAUAGUUCAGGUGGAGGACAAGCAUAAUAAUGAUGCGGCUUACGAAGUAAAUGAAGUCCCUCUUCAUCGGCUUGAAAGAUGGUAAGUUCUUUUCUUCUGUUUUGCGUUGUUGAUUUCGGAAAUAUUCAACCACCACACCGUCUUCAUCAAUCCGAUUACAGAUGUGGUCUACUAAUGAGAAACACGUGAUCUUCUGGACCCCUCCUAUGCGCAAGACUGUUUGGUCCCGGCGACUAACCGAAUGCAUUCGCAGCCAGCCGUUCAACAACCCCAUAGGUACGCGAAAAAGUGCACAACUUUCCGGCUAUUAUUCCUAUUACAAUUCAGCCACCAUGGUUUAUUAUCUCUGUUACCUGAAUUACAUUUUUGUGACCUUCUUUAUAUCAGAUUUAUAUAUUAUAUCUGAUUUCUCCGAUAUCUGUUUCUUAGACGCCUUUAUUUAUUUUUAUUAAAGAUUAGUUAUUCAUUUAUUUUAUAGAAAAUGAACGAAGAGUGUUAGACUGUACUGUCCAAACUUUGUUGUCAAAGAAAAAAUGUAAAAAACAUCGUAUAUUUGAAAAGAACAGUGCUUUAUUUACUAAAUGGCAACAUUUCAAUUCGCCAUUUUUCCCCAAAAUCCUUCAGAAGUGGGCGGAGCCAAUAGGCGGAAAGAGUCUCGACCCACACUCUUCCCCCACCUUGAUGGCGGGAGCGUCUGCUCGAGACUCUUUCCGCCUCUCAGAUUCUUUCCCGAAUGGGAAGAGUUCGUAAACACACUCUUCCGAACGAAAAGGAAAGAGGCUGAAGCAUUUUUUUCAGAAGAUUUUUUCCACUCUUAUUCCUUCACUCUUAUAUAUCAACAGAAAAUAAAAUUUGGAAGUCUGACUUUAUGACCAUUGGUUUUUAAACCGUUAAAGUUUAUCGGGAACACCCGGCAAAUAAUAUAAUAACCUGCAGAAUACGCGUUUUUUGAGUUUUUGCUUUCGCUCCCGUCUUAAAAAUUCAUCAUACUACAAAACUCUGAAAUUCAAUUCAUCACAUGCCCGAGCUGCUGUCGAAUGCGCAUAACAACAAUGCCACAUUAAUUUUAUGGGAGGAGUGGGGGCAAACAGGAGAAAAGUGAGGGUGUAUGAACGUGGCUACAGGGGGAAAAACGGGGGAUUCUCAAAGUGCAGGUACUACAAUAUAUCGCUUUCUCAGAAGUGCGUAGACUUUUUUUACAGUGCACUUUACUUCUUUUUGCACUUUGCAGUUGUUUUCGGGCCUGCGACACAGUUGAAAACAGCGUUGCACAGUGCAAAAAGCCAUGCUAAAAAAGGUCUAUGAAAAGGCGUAGUAUUUGAUUUUGAUGAAAUUAAAACACAUUGAGUUUAAGUUGUACAAAUAAAUUGCUAAUUUUUUAAACCGCGUUACGCAGAAACCGCUAAAAAAAUUUUUUAUUUUAAAUAAAUUUAAAAAAUUUGAGCUUCUCAUUUCCCGCCAAAAAUUUCAAAUUGAAAAAUGUCAAAAAAAAUCAAUAUUAAUAAUGCAUAAAAUAAAAAAAUAUUUUUUUCACCUGUAUAAAAAAUAUUUCAUUUUCUUCUGAACUUUUCAUUUUCCCGGCUUGAAUUUUUCGAAAAUAAAUUCUCCCGCCAAAAUUAAAAAAUCUCACACGGGAAGUACUCCAAGUGCGACGCUCAGAUUUUCUUUACAAGGAAAGUACUUCUAUGGGGUGUGGAAUUACCGGUCGAGAUAUAUAUCAAAAAAAUCGCAAAAAUUUUCUGAUUCAGAAUAUAUAUAAAUUAGCUGCCUAAUUUUGGUCUAUCAGCGAGUUUUUUCAAUAAAUGUUUCUCUCGAGGAAAAAAUCUGCGGCAACAAAAGCGCGCUCGGUCUCUUCCUUCGGAAGAGAGCGGUGUGGCCGAGUGGUUAGAGCGCUGGGUUGGAAAUCCGGGGAAACGGGUUCGAUUCUUUUUGCCACACUAGAACCCAUUUUUUACAUUGGAACUACUUUUAAGGUGUAGUUGUAAUCCAAUUUGAUAUUUUAAGGCUUGUCAUGGCCUCAGAAUUUAGUUUAGCAUAAAACAAAUUUUUUUUAUUGGUAAAAACACGGUCAAAAAGACACUUGCAUGGUGUCGCGAGAAAACUUCUGAGGACAAAAACAUGUCAUUAGACCAAAAUUAGGCAGCUAAUUUAUAUAUAUUCUGAAUCAGAAAAUUUUUGCGAAUUUUUUGAUAUAUAUCUCGACCGGUAAUUCCACACCCCAUAGAAGUACUUUCCUUGUUAAAUUUUGCACUCGCGUUGGACUAAAUAUCAAUUCCUGAAAGUUUUAGCUCGCCCUUUCCUGCGGCCGCCGAGAUAUUGAACGGUUUUAGCCGCAGAGAGAGCAUGCAAAACGUGGAGAUCGGUCAGAAAGAAAAACGCCUUUUGGCCAUAACUUUGGUAGUUUCGCGCGCAAAAGUUUGAUUUUUUGUAGGAACGUCAUCCUUUACGGUAGAAAUAGGCAUGAAACUUUCCGUGCUGAAAUUCGGCAAAAAGUCCUAAAUUUUGGCCGACUUUCGUUCUAAAAAUCUCGGUUGUUUCUGCAAAGCGCGAGUUAGGAUUCUCGCAUAUUUCUUAGAAAAAAUUAUUCUAAAUUUGUGCCAAGUUUCCCCAAAAUCUGAGCGUCGCACUUGGAGUGCUUCCCCUCUCAGUCAAUUCAGCAAAUCGCUGCAUCCAGGUGUAAAGUUUACAAGAGCCACGUUCAUUAAUUUUUUAUAAUUUCCCCUUGGGACAAACUCUCGACCGGCGCUCCAACGCUUUCCAAUGUUUUUGCCGCUAAUAUUGCCUAAGGGCAUCAUAAGAAGAACCCGAACACUACACACAACAUUGUUCCAAUUGGCGUCAUUUUACACAUCAAAGCGAAGUUUUACCAUUUUGUUUUGAGCUGGUACUUUUUUUUAUUUCUUAAUAUCAAGUAUAAUACAAAAUGGCCUUUCAGCGCGUAAUAUUCGUAUAAAGCUGGUAAAAUAUAGACUCCUGAUUACAGAGUGCCCAUUUUCCUCCGCUUCCCCGCAAAUUACCCUGUAAUUUUAUCAGUUUCUGUAAUGCUAUUAUAAUUGCCAUUGCACGGUGCGAAGACCCUUUUUUAAGCACAGUGCGGCCAUUGCAAAACCUCAUUUUGUGCUUUUUGCACAGUGCGAUCAUCAUUUUUGCCUGUUCUUGCCACUGCACUGUGCACACACCUUCUUUUUCGAUGUCGCACAGUGCAAAAUCAAUUUUUCUUUUCUUUUGCACGGUGCGAGACAACCUUCGCUGUUUUAUUACUAUUUGUUUUAAAUUGCCACGCAAUCUGGACAACAUGCGAUGAUUUUCUCAUUUUACACUGAAUUCUAUUCAUCGAGACAAACAACUAUAAAAUAUUUGAGCUCCAAAGUCGCAAAAAAUUGCAAAAUUAAUAUUUUUUUCAGUUUUUUAGUAAAUAGAGAAAAAUUUGAUUUUUCUCGCCAAUCGCAAGCUGAGAAUUUACUACUUGUUUUGGCAAGCAAUGUCAUAUACUUGUGCCAAUUUUUGUCCCAAAUCUUCGACCUUUUUUGCAACAAACAUAAUGUUUUGCACAGUGCGUUCUUUACAACAAUCUUGUUUUUGUUGUACCUCGAAAGCCCUUCAAAUUGUAAUCCUACCGUAACCUUGCGAGACAAAGCAGCAAUUAUCUCUCCAUUUUCUCUCGAUUCCACGUACUUUCGCGCUGCUUUCUAACCCCGCCUCGGGGCAUUCUCAAUCCAGAAAAAAGGGGGCGGAGCCUGCGAAGAGGCCUUGAAACUGCGAAGAUAAUAUGUCUAAAAUAGUUUUUGAUGAGACUGGAUGAGGUGGUGUCAAUUUCCUCAACAUAUUCGGAGGCCAUUUGGACGUAUGCAAAAGGCAUAACAAGUUGUCAGACUUGUGUUAUUCGUUUCGGAAGCCGGAAGAGUAAAACGGGCCAAUUAAGCGGGUUCGCGCGGUGCAAUAUAGAUCAAAACAAGUUGUAUAUGCGGUAUGGGAGGUGUAUUUUCAGUUUAUUACAAUUUUGGAGACAUUUUAGAGAUGUGUUGUUUUUCAGAUUUUUCGAAAUUUUUUGAUUUUUUUGAUGAAAUAUCGUCUUGUAUAGAAUUAUAAUUACCAUAUUACCCGUAUUUUAACUGCUCUAUAUGUUCUACAGUCAGUCCGCGAAUUUUUUUGAGUUUUUUUGUAUAUUCUUUGUUUUUUAUUGCGAUUAUUACUUUCUGCGUGUCCGUGAAAUUUCACAAACUUGUUUUUAUUGCUACAUUCCCUUGUUUUUCAGACACUACACCCUAUUUGUCCUGAGGAGAAAUCACCAAAGAUCAUCUCAAACUACUCCCGAAAGGGUUAAUCUUCCCAGAAAUCACACCAUGAUCUCUUCAAUUUUGGUCGUCUGCACAGUGCUUGCAAGCAGCGUCAUUGGGAAGCCGAUGGUAUCUUCGGAACAGGGUAGGUGUUUACUCUGGCAUCCCGAAAGUCUCGAAAUGUCAUGGGAUUAUUGCAGUAAGAAUAGGAGAAAGUCAUGAGAUUCCUGUCGCAGCGGAUUAGUCGGGACGAAUAUGUAAACUUUACGCUAUUAUUAUACUAUUUACAACCCGUUUUGAUCCGGUAAUUGUUUCGAAAUAGCGUCUGCACUGUGCAGUGGGACGAUUGCACUGUGCAAAAAAUCAUUUGGAUUUUUGCACAGUGCAGACUGCUCACUUGUUUUGUCGCCACCGCACGGUGCAAUCGGCUCUGUUCAUUGCACAGUGCAAGCAUCUCAUUGCACAGUGCAAACCCUCUUUUUGCACAGUGCAAUCAUUCUUUUUUGGGCUUGGCUGUCGCAGCCGCACAGUGCAAUAACCUCACCUCUCUCUUGCACAGUGCAGCCUCUCUCAUUCUACCGUAACAUCUGAAACUUGUUCUUCGUAACGUCCAAUUUGAAUUUUUGGUCUUCGCGGGAGUCUGUAAUUAACAAGUAUUUACCGUUUACUACUCGGAAUGGAAGCCUCUAAUCCUUUGGGGAACUGAUUUUAAUUGACCAAAACACAACAUGACUAGCACUUUGAACCACACAUGACAGUUUCCUGGUAGUUAGGAGUGAUUCUUGGCCGCAUGGAUAAAUAGGACUUGAUUUUAAAAGUGCGUUUUACGUCUUACUCACUUUUUAUUUGAGGUCAUUGCACAGUGCCAGGUUCCAGUGGGACCGCACCGUGCGAUGUGGUUUGUUCACUGCACUGUGCCGUUUCCAAAUUUUGUUGCACCGUGCGAUCGAAAAAGAUUGCACUGUGCAAUCUCGCGGCCAUUUCUAGCGACAUUCGCUUCUGUUUACUGCACAGUGCAGUUCUUUCCGUCUUAUGGCGUUUUCCCCGACUGCACAGUGCAGUCAUUUUUGUUUUGCACGGUGCGGCUCAUUUUUCCUUUCAAGCUCAAUUUUUUUAACAAAUUGCCCAUUUUUUACGCAAAUUCCUCACCGUAUCGCCCUCCCUAACCCAAUUACAUCCGAAUCACCUUGGCUGAUUGUAUUAUCCUGCUUUUCAUUAGCCAAAUUGCAUAAUCCACGCUGUAAUUGGCUUAUCUUUCGAGGCCGAUUACAUUUAUGCUACAAUUACAAUAGUCGGCGAUUAGCCGCCAACAUGAUUGUUCUGAUACGGCGCUAUUGCGUGCAUAUGACGCUGAAUUAAGCCACUGGCUAAGCGGGUUAAUCCAAAAUUCCAUUUUUUUCGAUUAUGCCGACCUUUAUAUUUAAUGGUAUACGGUAGAGAUACGUGGGGCUCUCCAGCAUCUUAGCAAUGCCUUUUGCACUCCAAUUUAUGACAGAUUACUAUAGCAACAGCUCGUUCUACUCUAGUAACAACCCAUUUCUUCCAAAAAACGUCAAAAAUAGCGCUGUCUUGACGUCAAUUAUAGAAAGUUCCGCUUCUAUUAAAAAACCAGCACUACUGUCUGUACUAUAUAUAGCAGGCUGGGGUGGUUUUAAAUAAACAAUUAGUAGGCUGAAACUGCAAAACAAUAAUUUAUUCAACACACGGCGCUAAUUCAACUUCCGGAGGUAAUUUUGCACACGCGGAUGGAUGAGGGUGUUUGGGAACUGUGACACAAAUUACGUGGCCUUCUUUAAAAAGGGAUAGUGCAUGUUUCAGCGUUUGAAAUUGACUGUCUACUGAACUUUGAGCAUUUCUGGGCAGUAAGGUCAAAAUUUGAUGACUUAAAUUUGAAGGCUUGUUGUAAAAAGGUUUUUGUUUUGCGAGCAAUGCACUCUUUAGUGUUUGAUACAGACAUCUUGGGCUACAACCUCGCAUGUCUUUCAUUUACGCACUUUACCCGCGUCAGCAGCAAUUUCAAGUUCAAUACCAGCUAGUACAAUACAAAUUUUCAGACGUUUUAAGCUUUUUUCUCUUGCUAGAAAAACUGUAGUUUAAUUUUUUAACCAUAUAGAGGUAGAUCGUACCCGUCUGUGUCUAAAAUCAUCUCUAUGAAUCCUUUGGACCCGAGACCGGAAGGAACUCAUCAAAAAUUCGAGAUUAUUUGCAUUUCCCCACCGAAGAUUCCCUAAAAUUCAUCUCCAUAGGGGCCAUAUGGACAAAUGCAUGGGUUUUAAUAUUCCGAAACUUUGUUUGUGUAUUUGUCUGGGGUUUGCAAAAAAAAUUGGGCGUCAGAUUCGGGGGAUUGAAGAUAUUUUAUUAAUAUUAUAGUAGUCUGAAGUCAUGAAAACAACACAGCUGCAAGAUUGAGAAUAAUUUACGUAUUUGUCUAUCAUUCCAGAGGGGGUGACAUUUUAUACGAACAAAAAAUAUUUCAAAAUUCCCAAUUUUAAUAUGCAAAUUUUUCAGACACACAAAAACUCUACGCCCUCGCAGAACUCCUGGAAGCCGAGGAAGUCGCUCACAAGCUGGAAGAGCGUCUGCGCGACAGCCUAGUCCAUCAUGACGCAGAGAAUUUGGCAGACGCCCUGGAUCGCCUAAAUUACCCCGAAAAAGUGGAGAAAGAUGGACAACGGGCACUCUUCAAACCGAUGAAAGUCGUGGACGACUCCAAGAACAGCCAAUACUCGCUACAGUUCCUGGACAAGCGAUCCAAAAACUUUCUGAAGUUGGCCAAUCAAGCGGCCCGAGGCUUUGGACGCAAAUAA